UAACAAGUGUCUCUCCAAAACAGGAUCGUGUGCUACUGCUAACAGGGAGGGCUGGAAAGUUCGGAAAACAGUUUCCAUAAAACAGUCUACUCAGCAGAGGGGACCAAUGGAUCUGAAAAUAAAUAUAUAAAUCGACACCGUGACGUCCAACAUCCAGGGGCCGAGGACUGCAAUCAUCAUGGAUCUCAGCGGUCAGGCGGAGAGGAUGCCCUCUGACGAGCCCCAGGAACACCGGACACUGAAGCCCUGUCUUCUCAGAAGCACAGGCUGCAGCUGGCUGGUGGUGCUGGCGGCCGUGGCGGCCUCUCUGAGCGGCCUGAUGCUGGGCUACGAGAUGGGCCUGACCUCCGGCGUGCUGCUGCAGCUCCGGGGGCUCCUCUCCCUCUCCUGCCGUGAGCAGGAGCUGCUGGUCAGCUCCCACCUGCUGGGCUCCCUGCUCAUCUGCCUGACGGGCGGGCCCGUCCUGGACCGCUACGGCCGCCGCUGCUCCAUGCUCCUCGGCGCGGCCGCGGUGGUGGCGGGCACGGUGGUCUCGGUCGCCUUCGCCUCGCUGCCGGCGCUGAUGACGGGGCGCGCCGUGAUCGGCGUGGGCACGGCGCUGUCGGGCACGGCCGCCUGCCUCUACAUCGCCGAGAUCUCCCCGCAGGAGCGCCGCGGCCUCCUGGUGACGCUGUACGAGCUGAUGCUGGUGGUGGGCGUGCUGCUGGGCUUCAGCUGCAGCUACGCCUUCGCCGCGCUCCCCGACGGCUGGCGCUACACCUUCGGCCUGGUGACCCCCGUGGCCCUGCUGCAGUUCGCCGGCCUGCUGCUGCUGCCGCCCAGCCCGCGCUUCCUGGUGGCCCGGGGCCGGGUGGAGAGCGCCCGGGGCGUGCUGACCCGACUCCGGGGCGGCGGCGGCGGAGACGUGGACGCCGAGCUGCGGGACAUCCGGGCGGGGCUCAAGGAGGAGUCGGAGCACGGCUUCCGGGAGCUGUUCAGCGGCAAGGCCAACCUGCGGCGCCGCCUGCUGACGGGCGCCGCGCUGGUGUUCCUGCAGCAGGUGACGGGCCAGCCCAACGUCCUGUCGUACGCCUCGCCGCUGCUGCACAGCGUGGGCUUCAACAGCGCCGCCGCCGCCACCCUGGCCUCCACGGGCUUCGGCGUGGUCAAGGUGGUGGGCACCAUCCCGGCCGUGCUGCUGGUGGACCGCCUGGGGCCCAAGAGCUUCCUGUGCGUGGGCGCCGUCGCCAUGGGGAUCUCCUUGGUCACCCUGGGGGUGGUGACGUCGCAGAGCCACACCCACCUGACCAGCUUGUGUCAGAGCCCGUCCGGGCUGAACCGGAGCGACCUGAGCGUCGGCGUGGGUGGAAUGAACUACAGUCGUGUGACACUCGACGACUCGUUGCCUGUGCGUUGGAACGGAAGCGGCGGCGUUGGUGACCCGUCCCCCGCGGCUGUGACGGGGGCCACGAAGACUCAGGGACGGGAGGCGGGAGAGGAGGCGGCUGGAAAUGGGUCGGCGGUGUCAUAUACUCUGAAGUGGGUGUCUCUGAUCAGCCUGCUUGUGUACGUUGCAGCCUUCUCGGUUAGCCUCGGGCCCAUGGUCUACGUGGUGAUCAGUGAAAUAUUCCCCACUGGGGUACGGGGCAAGGCUGUGUCGGUGGUGUCGGCGGUGAACUGGGCGACCAACCUGCUAAUUUCUAUGACCUUUCUCACCGUCACAGAGACCAUUGGCGUGUCGAGCGUGAUGUUCCUGUACGCUGCUAUGAGCUUUGUUCUGCUAGUGUUCGUCAUCCUCUGUGUCCCCGAGACCAGGGGACGCACACUGGAACAGAUAUCCAAAGAACUAGCGAUGAAGAAGCACUUUGAUUUGCGCUUCUGCAAGCGGGUCCAACCGCAGCAGAGAGAGGCGGAGAGGAGCCUCAAAUCCACGGACACGCCCGGUAAUCUCACGCUCUGAUCCACGACGAUGGAGCGUGCUGCAAGACAGUAGCCGGGCGGCCCGCACGAAAGAUACGCCCACGCAACCGCCAAAGGUCGUGCCGCUCAGGAUAGGAUCUUAAAUGGUUCACCAACCUCUUCGUCCCCUGAUAUCCAUAUGGGGUCACAGCACACUAUUGACAUAAGCUACGACAUUUGAAGUUAUGUAUUUUUUUUUGAAGAGCGAUGCGAUUACUUUCAUCACGACAAUAAUACGAAUGGCAGAUGUUGAUUUGGGUUGUGAACAAUUUGGGUCAAAGCAGGUGCACAAACAUUAAAGUUGGGGAAGCAAACCUUUUCAGAGCUAGAAAUGUGGGCACGGACGGAAAAAGGUGAUAACCACGAGGAUAACAGGAAACGGCUGUACAUGAGGUCGGAGCACAAAUACCAUGUACCCAGUUCUGUCUUCACCAAGCGAAUAGAUGAACACUUUGGAAAUGAAAGAAUAGCAGCCGUUUUGGAGUUUGCGGUGUCCACCGUACAUGUUAUUGUUUGGCAAUGAAGUCCGUUCUGCUGACGAGCAGUAUGGGGGUGUUAAUAUUGAGGCUCAAGAUGCUGUAAUUCCUAAACUCAUUCUUCACCAGAUUUUGUUUCAACUGUGGGUGUUGGUCAAGCUCUAAAUGAUUCUCACUUUUGCUCUGCGUUUGUGAACAGUAUUUUUAAAAUUGUUUUCUUGUCAAUUAGUGUUAUCUGAUUCUAGUGUGACGAAUGCCUCUGAAAUAGGAAGACCUGUGGUGUAUGUAUGACAGUCUCCACCUUUCCCCCCACAUAUUCAUUACACGUGUAAUAAAUCUAACAUGGCUGCACUUUCAACUCAUUUGUCUAGGUCAAUAACUGUCUGGGAUUAGUAAAGUACCAUCUUAACUUAUCCCAUCACUGUCUGAAUGGCAACUGAACUUUACCCAGAGCGGUAACUGAAAUGGAAGUUCCAGAGUCUGCAAUUUUUCUACUUCAAUGAUUCACUUUAAAUACGUAUCUGAAGAAUGUGGUACUCAGGUCUGACCAGACUGGUAAGAUGGUGUACUCCGCCGUUUGUGAAAAGCUGCUGUUGACAAUUAACAAUGACAAGGGGUCCACUGAAUCAAUGACACUUAGGCCAAUAAAAAGGAUGUUUUCAUAUUC